AUGACGAGGAAACUGAACGAAUCGACCGACUCCGAGGGAAUUUGUGCGGAUAUGAGCGCCACUUCGAUGAGCUCUUCGGUGCAUUUCGAACGAAUGUUCCACUCGACGACGUCGACUUCGCGAAGACCUCCGUCCAGAAUUCCGGCCCUCAUGACGAAGAGUCUUCACGUUCCCAGGUACAGUAAUCCUUCGAGUUAUCUGGGGAAAAUGAAGGAGUUUCAGAUCCUGCUCAACACCACAAAACGGAGGAAUUGAAGUGUACGGGUCCGGAGAGCAACUGUGUGAAGGGUACAGAAAUGGACGGAUCGAGACGGAAAUGCUGUUGAGCAGAAGUCAGGAACGGAGGAAACAGAGGGCCAGCAGCUAUGAUCCCAGGUACAAACGUGGAUAUAAAAAGGGACCAGUGUCUUAUCCAUAAUGUUGAAAUAAUGAAACCAUACAGAAACUGUUAACUUUUCACAGUUUCAAAACAUUGUAAAAGUAAGUGGGUCGGACCCAUAGAUCAUUUUCGAAAAGAGAAUAUUAUGCGACUCCUACUGAGCUCACUAACCGAUUCGGAUCCUUGCAGAUGCCUCGUUCCGCUUCUCUCGACCGCCCGUCUGACGUCAUCCGCGUCGGCUUCUGCCUCUUCUUCCCAUCAUCCUCUUCUCACUUCCUCCUCUUCCUCUUCCUCCUUCUCCCGUCUUUUACCGAAAAGACCGCAAUGGGUCCGUCAUCAGCCGAACGUCCAAUUGGCCGAAUCGACAGUCUCUCUGGAUUCCAUUCGACUGCACAAGGAAAAACCCGAAUUCAUGUUGAGCUUCGAUUCGGACGGAUCGGAACAAGGAGAUGAGACCCCGAAGGCGAGGAGGAAAACGAUUUCGCUGAGGAAAUUGAAAGAGAGGAACCGGAAAAAGUUUAGGUACUUUUUACUGUUUCAUGAUCUUUGGAAAUUAGAUUGGAAUAGUUGAUCUCCAUAAGCAAUAAGUGCAAUAUACCAACAAGUUGUCAACUGAUAAAAUGUACACAAUUGAACAAUUUAUCAGUUGACAACAUUUCGAUAUCUCCACAGACAGCUGAGAUCGACAACUUUCCAGAAGCUCUCUUCGCCGUCUGCACCGUCCGACCCCUCCGAAUCCCUCCGAUUCCGUGCCGAUCCCCGCCGAAUUCCUGUCCGUCUCCUCGCCGAUCUUCUAUUUCGCUCUCGCAUUCCUCCUCCGAAUCCUCCUUUUCCUUUCCGAACUUUGCCUUCCCUCCGAACUUACUUGA